AUGCCGCUACUGGCUAGACCACACCUCGCCACAGAUAUGCUGUGCGACAGCCUCGACUGGCCGCUGUGUGACGACUCCCGCACGCACCGCCGCGCUCUUCUACUGUUAGUGGAGCGCCUCAUGCCGCUACUGGCUAGACCACACCUCGCCACAGAUAUGCUGUGCGACAGCCUCGACGCCGGAGGCCCAAUAAGCAUGCUGGCGCUGCAAGGCGUCCUCGAGCUAGUGCGGCGCCACAACAUCAGCUACCCAGACAUGUACGACCGGCUCUACGCCAUGUUCGAGCCAGAAAUGUUCGCCACCCGCUACAAGAAGCGCCUCAUGCACCUGGCCGACAUAUUCCUGAGCUCCACCCAUCUGCCAGAAAGCCUGGUAGCCGCGUUCGCCAAGCGUCUGUCGCGGCUGGCGCUGGUCGCCGGCGGCGAGGACGCAGCGGCCCUGCUGCGGCUCGUGGCCAACCUGCUGCUGCGCCACCCGCCGCUCAAGCGCAUGCUGUGCAGCGACGACGCGCCGCCGCCCACCAUCAGUGAGUGACGUCACAGGUCGCGGCUCGUGGCCAACCUGCUGAUGCGCCACCCGCCGCUCAAGCGGAUGCUGUGCAGCGACGACGCGCCGCCGCCCACCAUCAUGUCAAGCGACCCGUACGUAAUGGAAGAGACUUGCGCGUCCCGAUCCCGCGCUCUUGGCUCGUCGCUGUGGGAAGUGAGCCUGCUGCGGCGACACCACGUGGCCGCCGUGUGCACUGAGGCCGCGCAUGUACUGGCCACAGCGGGCGAUCGCGCUCAGCCCAUGUCUAUGGCCCCGCCUGAAGAC